AUUUUAUUUUAUUUUUGAAUUUCAGAAUCUCCGCUUAUAUAUAUAUAUGAAUAGUGAAACCCUUCAUUCGUCUUCCUCCUUGGAUUUUAACCAUUACAGAAGAACCGCAACAAUGGCGAAAGCUCUCUCCUACAUAUUUUGAUAUUUUUCUCUUCUUUUUAUAUCCCUUUUUAUGAUCGCUGCUAGAGAAAUGGAGACUCCGGUGGGUUUAAGAUUCUGUCCGACCGACGAGGAGAUCGUCGAUGAUUACCUCCGGCCAAAAAAUCUGGAAACUGACACGAGCCGUGUCGAUCAAGUCAUUAGCACUGUCACUAUCUGUAGCUUCGAUCCUUGGGAGUUACCUUGUCAGUCGAGGAUCAAAUUGAAAGAUAAGUCUUGGUGUUUCUUCAGCCGUAAGGUAAACAAAUACGACAGAGGUGAGCAACAGAUCAGAAAAACGAAAUCUGGGUUUUGGAAGAUAACUGGUAACCCAAAGGCUAUCAUGCGCAACCGUGUUAAGAUCGGUGCGAAAAAGGUUUUGAUGUUUUACUUUAGUAAGGAUUCCAAAUCCGAUUGGGUUAUGCACGAGUACCACCUUCUCUCCCCUGUUCAGAAGAUGAUGACAUAUACCAUCUGUAAAGUAAUGUUUAAGGGUGAAGAGAACGAGGUUUCUUCUCCCCCUUUACAUCUUGUGAACAAUUCUGGAGGAUCUGAGUUUGGUUUGCAGGAAGAGGCUCAUCAACUCGAUGAUGCAGCAACUAUAGCUACCAAAGAGGAGGAAUGGAAAACAUGGUUGAAUGAUAAUGAUGAUGAGGAGACGAAUAUCAUGUUUUUGCAGGAUAAUCGCAACGAUUACAGACCUCCAAAGUCAUUGACUGGUGUCUUCACUGACGAUAUCGAUAGCAGUGAUGAUAAUGAUUCUGAUUUUCUAUCUCCGGCCACUAACUCUAUUGGAACUUCGUGCACUUGUGAUGAUAGUUUUGGUAGCUCAAAUCAUCGCAUAGACCAAAUCAAAGACCUGCCAGAACCUCCUAAUUCGACAGUCGAGUUAGUGUCACCACUAACUCAAGAGGUGAGCCAAGCUCUCAGAACUAAUGUUGAUACCACUGAGAUCAAAAAGAUGAAUCCUUGUGAUGAUGCACGUGGGACUGAGAUUGAAGAUCAUAAAUUGGGUCAAGAGAUGAUCAAGAAGAACAAAAGAGCUGGUAACUUCUUUCUUAGGAUGGUACAAAAAUUCGUCAAGAAAAUUCGCCUAUGUUAUCCUAUCUCAAGAACAUGAUAUAAACACCUUUGUACUUUCCAAGAUCCGUAAAACUAUAUGUUAUGUUUAUCUUGUUUUGUAACUAUUUCCUUACUCUAUGUGUGUCCUAAUAUAUUCCAAUUGACCGACAAUCUCU